AGUGAGCUGUCAGUUAAAAUAAAAUUGGGUUUGGGUUCAAUUUUUGUGUACGAAUUGAUUGUUCAGCGAUUCAUUACGUUAUGUCGAUAAAAGUGUAAUGACGGUUUUACUAUAUAACAGUACUUUUAAAUCGAAAUAAUGGUUUCUUUACAUACGUUUAUUCCUUUCGUUGCCUUGCCAAGGAGAUGUUAGAAGUACAAAUCCAUUUUUACGAAGUGAACAAAAAGUUGUCAAAGAAUUAGCAUUCAAUGAGUGUUAUUCAAAUUGUAUGUACGAUAAAACUACCCCGAUGCAAAUGAGCUUGAAAAUACGAAAGGCAACAUGUAUGACAUGUUGUCUGAGUUUCGAGUAUCAGAAUUUGAUUCGUUCGUUGACAUACUGCGACUAACAUCGGUAGAUCCAUUGGACACUUUCGGCGAGAUGUGGUACCCAGUGUUUUUGUGGUCGUUAUGUUCUUCGGUGUUUGUGCAUACUUGUGCCGCGCUCGUCGCCUUCGCAACGUUAAGGAAGCACAAAUAUGGCAAGUUCUUUCCCGUGCUACUAAUCGUGAUGGGCGUAGUGAAUCCAGUGACUUCAGGCGUAGCUAGCAGUGCCGCGGUUGCGUUUAUUUACCGGGCAGCCAACUUGAAGAUGAUGCCCAUUCAUGCUAUGAUAUGGGGCAUCGGACAGACAGUGCUUGGUGCUGGUAUUGGGUUUACUAGAAUUUUAGCCACUUUGUAAUGUAUGGUAGAUACUGCAGUUACAACCAGCUCUUUCAUUAUGGGUCAGAUGAAUUGAAAGUCAAUUAUCUUAAUUAUAGUAGAUGAAUAAAUAAGAUAAGGUGCUGAAUUCCAAUGCAUGAUUUCCACAUGUACUUUGUACAAAUACUCAUAUUAAAAUUGUAUGGUAUACCUACUUAUUGUAAAUACUGUAGAUCUUAUUGUAUUAUAUGUUUUGCAUACCUUUUUAUAUAACUGUCAUAAAAUAAUAAACAUGUAUACCCUUUGCCUUCAACUAGUCCAUUCCUCAAAAAUGUUGAGGGGUUUGAAGUAUUGGAAAAUAAAUUUUAUAGAUAUAAAAACAAUAGUUAAUAUUAUGGUACAUUGUGAUGCUGUGGCCUGUAAGUGGUUGGAAUUAAACUUGUUACAAAGAUUGUAAAAAAUAUGUAUGUUAUUGGUAUGGGUGGUGUAUUAAAUAAAUAAAUACUGCACAUAAUGUGGUAUUCAUUCCUAUAAAUUUAAAUAAAACUAUGCAAUAUUAUGUAGGUUAGAUUGCUAUGUUCAUUGUGGACUUAAUAGAACCCACCGUUAAUAUGUCAAACUGAUUAGUUAAUUUCAUGUAAGAAUUUGUAUCCGGCCUCCAGAAUCGAUAGAAAAAACUGUCAAACAAGAAUAUCAAGGUAUUAACAAUAUUGCACAAGAUGACAUGUUUUAAAAAAUAGAGAGAUAUGUUUUGUACUUACAUUACAAUGUAUAAUGAAUAAGUCUGUGAGCAGUUAGUACAAGGCCUUGUUAUUAGUUAUAACAGCUCGGGGACUGUAGAGGUACCUUAGUAUUGAAAAUGUAGUUCUUUACAAUUUAUGUUAUUCACACAUUAUUAGUAACAAUAUAGUGUACCAUCAAUUUACUAUGUACUUGGUCUGCUAUAUUGUUGCUAAUCCUACCCCUUGUAUAGUACCUAUUUUAUGUAUUUUGGUAAUCAAAUACUGUAAAUAAUGAAGCUAGUGUCUUUGUUGUACCUACGCAAUAUAAUGUAUACCUAUGGAGUUAAUUAAAAAAGUUUAUAUAAACAAUACAA